GGCACCAAUUCUUCUGAGUAGCGUUGGGGCUGUGGUCAAACUCAAAAUCGAAGGGCAAUGGAGAUGAACGAUGCCGACGACGAAGAGUUUGGGUUCUCUAGAAACUACUUUCUGGCGAAGGAGCUCGGUGGCUCCGCCGUGAAAUCCCACUCUAAGCUCUCCGAUAUCAAUAUCGUCGACGAACAGGAACUGAGGGCAGCUGUAUCUAAUAUUGAACCCAAACAUGAGAAAGAGAUCAAGGAUUUGAUUAGCAGUUAUAAGAGGUUGUACCCCAGAUGGGCUUUUGAUCUUAGGUGUGGUCUUGGUCUUCUCAUGUAUGGAUUUGGAUCUAAGAAGACUUUGCUUGAAGAUUUUGCUUCAACAUCCUUGACCGAGUAUUCUGCGUUUGUUAUCAAUGGAUAUCUUCCAACAAUAAAUAUAAAGCAGGUUUUGACAUCCUUAGCUGAAGUUCUAUGGGAUCAAUUGAAAAUCAAACGCAGAACUCCUUCUAAGAGCUUGUCCAAAGAUCAACAACCCUUUAGUUCUCGAUCUGUGGAGGAUCUUCUUGCAUUUUUGGAUGGAUCAGAGGAUAGGACAAGUGAAUUUCUUGUAUGUGUAAUCAUUCACAACAUUGAUGGGCCUGGAUUAAGGGACUCUGAAAUCCAGCAGUAUCUUGCAAGAGUUGCUUCUUGUCCCAAUAUUCGUAUUGUGGCCUCUAUCGACCAUGUGAAUGCACCUCUUUUGUGGGACAAGAAGAUGGUUCACACUCAAUUCAACUGGUGCUGGUAUCAUGUUCCUACCUUUGCGCCAUACAAGAUCGAAGGAACGUUCUUUCCCUUGAUUCUAGCUCAUGGCAAUACCACCCAAACUGCCAAAAAUGCUGUUAUAGUUUUACAGAGUUUGACACCCAAUGCCCAGGGCGUGUUCAAAAUUCUUGCAGAAUAUCAACUGUCUCACUCUGAAGAAGAAGGGAUGCCAAUUGAUAAUCUGUUUGCAACCUGUCGCGAACGCUUCCUCGUGGGCAGCCGGCCUAUGCUCAACUCCCAUUUGACCGAAUUCAAAGAUCAUGAGUUGGUCAAAACAAGAAGGCAUUCUGAUGGCCAGGAUUGCUUGUACAUUCCUCUAACAAGUGAGGCACUUGAAAAACUACUAGUGGAGAUGACUCAGUAACUACUUAAAAUCCUCAUUCCUCCGAAUUUGGCAAAAUUUAAGUUCUAACAGAAGUGUCGAGUAUCUAAAUUUCUUACUUCCUACUUAAACAUUUUAUUCUAUUUCAUUUCUUUGGCACGGGGAGGUUCAUUGCAUUAGCUGCAGGGAAUCGAAGCUGGGUGCAGGCCAGAAAAGUGUAAAUAACUAAAAACCUAGACAAAGAAAAGAGGAGGGUUUUCUGAGGAGCGGUUUUGAUCAAGGAUGGACAAUUGGACAAAUAUGAAAACUAAAACUUUGUCAUGUUCACCGUGUGUGAGCAUCUGUGUGCUGUGUAGAUGCUCACACAGUUUAGUAUAUAUGAUCAGUUUGUGAGGUGUGGGAUGCCUGAAGACAAAUCUGACCUUAUCAGCUGAAACCAAGGUAUAUCCUGGCUUUAUCUGCCUACUUGCCUCGAUGAACAUCUUGCCAAGAUAAGGGUUUACUUUAAAUAACUUGUCAUAUUCUUAGGAUAAAAGCCAUAAUAGUCAACUUGCUCCAUCCUCUUUGAAUUUGUACUGUGAUUUUCAAAAAUUUUCACUUUCCCUUUGUCAACUUUCCAUGAAUUUUGAGAGUUAUCGAAUUUCACC